AUGCCCAAGAAGGACUGGUUCGCGGAAAAUCCCUACCCGGGUCUGCGCCUGUCGGAGGACGUCAAACACCAGUUGGGCGACCUCGUGAACGAGUUCCUGGAGGGGUACUUCCGGAAGUACGAGGAGUUCGUCUCCAUCGACAACCGGCGGGUGGACGAGCAGCGCUGGAAGCACCUCAAGUCCAAGAACGACCUGCACGUGUACGAAGAGCGCUGCUGUCGGGAGAGCGAGGCUAACAUGGAGCCGUGGAACCCUCGGACUUCGCAGUGCAGUCCGGCUUCGACAAAGUCGGCUAUGCCUGCAAUGCUGCGAGUCGGAACGGUUCCCGGCCGCCUGGACGACCUCAUGUUCGGUGUCGUGAACCCGACGCUGGAUGCGAUGCGAGUCAGGGCCUCGUACGUCCACGACGUCGACGCUGCUGCGAUCUUGUGCCCGAUCGUCGAGCCCAGCAAGGAAGAGCCGUUCCGUUCGCUGAUUGUCAAGUGGCUCGCCAUCGACAACCCGUUCGAGUCCACGAACCUCAUGAAGACGCGUGACCUCGUGUACGUCGAGGCGACUGGCAUUCUCCACUUGUCUAAUGGUGAUCGGGUCGGCUACCACCUGAAGCACUCGAUCGAGUUCCCGCAGACGAAGCCGCAACCGAACGUCAUCCGCGCCAAGCUGUCGUACUGCAGCUUCUACCGCCAGAUCCACGCCAACGUCAUCGACGUGUUCGGCACUAGCACGAUGGUCCCAGGGGGCAACGUUCGGCGCUUCAUAUCGACUCGAGUUGCGGCUGAGACUCUCCUUUCGACCUCGAACCUCGUAUUCUGCGCUCAGAUGAAGAAAAUGUCGUGGAUCCUCGAGCAGCAACGCUCAGCCGUGGGAUUUCAACGAGAGCAGAACAAAUGCUGCGUCAUGUGCAGCAAGACCACCUCGUCCGGGUUCAUGGGGAGACUCGGGAAGAGCACGUGCAAUUUGUGCUACGGCUCUGUGUGCUACUCGUGCAAGAUCAACUGGCGCAUCAGCUUCAUCGCACUGGGUGAGAAGCUGGUCCAACGUAAGAUCGCAUUCUGCGCCACGUGUAUCAGCAAAGCGUCGAUCUGUGACGCCAAGCAGGUCGCUAGAGACCAAGCUACGGGGUGCCGCGCCGACAAGGCUGUAUCUACCGCCUCUCAUUCGGGUACGGUGGAAGAAUCGGAAUUUUCGGCCGACUCGCAUUUUGACCCAGCGGAAGUGUCAGAAUGUGUCUGA